AUGAGAGUCCACACAGGAGAGAAACCAUUUGGCUGUGAUGUUUGUGGGAAGAGAUUUAGAGUCCAGGGAAAUUUUAAGGCACACAUGAGAGUCCACACAGGAGAGAAACCAUUUGGCUGUGACGUUUGUGGGAUGAGAUUUGCAGAACAGGGAAAUCUUAAGAAACACAUGAGAGUCCACACAGGAGAGAAACCAUUUGGCUGUGACGUUUGUGGGAUGAGAUUUACAGAACAGGGAAAUCUUAAGAAACACAUGAGAGUCCACACAGGAGAGAAACCAUUUGGCUGUGGUAUUUGUGGUAAAACAUUUAACCAGCAGCCACAUCUUAAUAAACACAAGAGAGUCCACACAGGAGAGAAACCAUUUGGCUGUGAUGUUUGUGGGAAGGAAUUUAUAGAACAGGGACAUCUUAAGACACACAUGAGAGUGCACACAGGAGAGAAACCAUUUGGCUGUGAUAUUUGUGGGAAGAAAUUUAACCAGCAGAUACAUCUUAAGACACACACGAGAGUCCACACAGGUGAGAAACCAUUUAGCUGUGAUGUUUGUGGCACACGAUUUACAGAACAGGGAAGUCUGAAGAGACACAAGAGAGUCCACACAGGAGAGAAACCAUUUGGUUGUGGCGUUUGUGGUAAAACAUUUAAAAGGCAGGCAAAUCUUAAGACUCAUAUGAGAGUCCACACAGAAUAAAAGUUUGCAUCGUC